AUGAAGUCUCUGUAUUUGUUCUUGGGCCUUUGGGUUCUUGGAGCAUGUUUCCUGACUGGUGAGUGUCACAGAGGCCAUAGAGGACGAUAUGAUCCUAGAGGACCACCACCUCCUCCUCCCGUUGGCCCAGGAUUUGCCCUACCACCCCCUCCUCCUCCCGUUGGCCCAGGAUUUGCCCGACCACCCCCUCCUCCUCCCUUUGGUCCAGGAGCUGCUGGACCACCCCCUCCCCCUCCCGUUGGUCCAGGAGCUGCCGGACCACCCCCUCCCCCUCCCGUUGGUCCAGGAGCUGCCCGACCACCCCCUCCUCCUCCCUUUGGUCCAGGAGCUGCCCGACCACCCCCUCCUCCUCCCUUUGGUCCAGGAGCUACCCGACCACCCCCUCCUCCCCCCUCUGGUACUAAUCCACCUUCAAUUGGUACUACUAUCACUGUAACUCCUCUCCCAAUACCAGAAAAUACAUCUAGUGCCAAUAUCUCCCUACCUACUCCUAUUGCCUAA